AAACUCUACUGGAAUUAACUGGAUUCUAAACAAUCAAAUUAUUUCUUAUUCUUACACAAUGAUUUAAUUGAGCUCAUGGAAUAAAGAGGAUGCUGAUUAUGAAGAAGAUGAUGAAGAUAUUAAUAUCUUACAGAUGGAGUGUAAUUGUAAUUCCUCUCUGGGUCCCUUUUCCUCAACUUACUGGAGCAGAACAGUGCUGUUCCCUGAUUGGGCGUAUAAACCAGCGUGGUCUCCAGGCUCGCGGCAGGUGCAGUUAUGGCACUUCCUGUUAGAGCUGUUGGGGCGUGGCGAAGGCGGAGCGAUCACGUGGGGCAGCGAAUGGGGAGAGUUUGUGAUCAAAGACCCAGAGAGAUUGGCUAAACUGUGGGGAGAGAGGAAGGGCAAGCCGCACAUGAAUUACGACAAACUCAGCAGAGCUUUAAGGUAUUAUUAUAAUAAGCGAAUUUUGCACAAGACCAAAGGAAAACGUUUUACCUACAAGUUUAACUUCAACAAACUAAUCUUAGUGAAUUAUCCCAGUCUUCCAACCUGCCCACAGAAUACAACAUCUGUCCCUUUCUCUGUCUUUCCCUCUCAGCUUUCCUUCUACAACCCAUCUAUUGACAGAGCUGUGCACUCAAUUUGUCAUCCCCUUCUAAUGCCCUACAGCUUCCCCAAACCCCUCCCCUUUCCCCAGACACAUCCAAUCCAAAGACAGUUUCCCCUAUUCCCUCCUCCUUCAGGAACUAACCUAUCAGAGCUCUCCUGCCUGUCACCAGUCAACCCCACCCUUCAGUUCACACAAACUUUAAACUGGCCAGUCAAAAGCAGUGCAGAGUGGUCUCUCAACAGAGUCAUGGGAUUACAAGAGAGGAUUAGAAGUGGACCACAAGACAAAAGCCACGACAACAAAGAAGACAGAAAAAUAUUUCCUGAGGCCAUGCAUUAG